AGAUUUUUCAUUUGAGCGAACAACACUAAUAAUUGAAAUAAUAACAGCUAGGUUCUUCUUCUUUUGUUAAGACAGGGCAUUAAUAUAACAGUGACUCAUGACGGUAACCGCCGACCCGAAGCGCGCGGGCGCGACGAUGCUGGGGGCCGCGAAAAAAAUUGGGACGACGCGGGAGGCCCCGACCUUGUCGGAGCUCUUCGACCGCCGGGCGCGGACGCAGGACAUGUGGGGCAAGGAGCCGAUCGAGUACAGGAGGCUUUACGACGAGGACGUAGAGCAGAACACUGUAGUGCACAGGGAGUCCAAGCUGCAGGUAUGGCGCGGGUUUGCAGACUUGGUAAACCGGACGGAUAAGCGGUAUCCAGACAACCGGGAAAACGUUUGCGUCUUUUUCUGGACCAAAAAGGCAAAGUAUCCUGUGUGACAACCCCUUGCUCAUCAUGCGCUUAAAUCGGAUAGCUGAAUAAAUCAUUUAUUCAACUGACACGAAAAUCAAGAAGAAGACCAACUGCAGCUGUGAUACUUAUUUGUUUGGCGCAGCUAAGUUUUUUCAUUCAGGCAAGUGGCGCCUGAAAAAAGAAUGUAGUGUUAAGAUUUGCAAAGAGAAGUAGACUUCAUUUCGAUUACUAGGUCGUGCCACAGCCAAUACGAAGAUGUAUGUUUUAUUCCAGCUUGUCAUCAUGUCAGCACGCUAAACUCAUGUCGGAGCAAGUAGAUUUGACACACAGGAUACCAGCGUCAGCGCGUUUCUCAAAGUGGGAAAAGACAACGCCAUUUGGAGUGACAUCCUGAUGGGGAAAUGCGUCGUCCACGAGUCGUUUCAGGUAUUGUAACUGCUUGCUUUAUUCUGUUUGUGCAUGACAACGUUGUAGGCAUGACUCGCAUUUUUAUAACUAACUUGCACAACUACACGUCGCUGUAGCAACUUCUGAGAAAUAAACUACCUCCACAGACCGCCGGUUCAACUGCGUAUCAACUGCAAAUAUGUCUGGGUCCUCCAGAAAAUUGUCGUGUUUCUGAUACAUUGCAGACUGGCUGCUUGUACGGCGUAACAGCAUGAGGAAUUCCCCUGAGGAGCUUUUUGCGGAUUCAAGCGUAUUCAGCACGACAGAAAAAUUGCCCAAUCGACGUAUUCAUGCAAAUUAGGUCUUGUUGAUAGAGAUACAUAGUGAUGUUGUCCUUGAAGUCCCGCACUACAAAAUCCAGACCCAGACACAUUUGCGGUGCAUGCUGCACCGAAUGCAACGACACAGCAGUCAAAUAUGGAGCAGCAAUCCACCAUAACCAGGACCUCGAUCACAUCAACAAACUCCUCCAUUGACUCCCUGGCGUUAGCGACGGGCGCCGUGGAAAAAAGGAUAUUUCUCGGGGAGUUUCUGACCCUCGAGAUAGAAGAUGUGCACCAGAUGGCGAUUAAAAACGACGUGCGCCCCUUCAACGACAAGGAGGGCUACGCGCAUCCAAGUACUUACAGUAGUUGACAAAUCGCUCUGUCGUGUCGUUCUUUGUUUUUCAUUCUUGCAACGUAGUUGGUGUUGGAUUUUAUGCAGAAGCAAAAACCAACCACAAUGACAAUAUCAACAAAAUAAAACCAGCUAAAGUCCAACUGGUCGAGCUGAUGACCGGUCGACCGUAUCGAGAUUGCUUGCGCGAUGGGGUAUGAAAGUUGUCACGCGCGGGGUGUCUGAGUCGAAAUAAUAAAAUACAACAGGCCUUGAACCUUGUAAUAUUGUUUCGCUGAUCGUGAUCCUACUUGCAUGUUGAGGAUGUUCUCGCCCUGAGUCCUGAACGCGACAACGCAUGCUGUCGCAAGAAUGGACUGCAUACUUAAUUGCAAAUAAAUAGUCCAAUUUCAAAUAUUUGGCAUUGACGUUCUUGCUUGAAAUGAUUUAGCUUCUCUAGCGGGAAGAUGAAGCAGGGACAAAUCCCCCAAAAAAAAUGGUGACUCUGAAAAUCCUCCACUCGUCCCCUUCCAUACGUCACAGUCGAGAAUUUCGAAAUCGCGAUCCCGGUUUAUGUACCCUCUGCAAAUAAAGUAUCGUACUCGUAGUAAUUGCAUUUAUGCAUCACAAAACUCUUUCUCAAGGUAAAUCCGCAUUACAAAUUUAGUUUGUAGUGCUGGGGGAGUUUGUAAUGCAAUUCAUACUACUGCGAUACUUUUGCAUUGCAUAUUAUGUCCCGUACGCCCUGCUUGGCCGGUCCCGCGAAGAGUCCUAUUGUGCAGCAAAGUUUCCGUACAUUGUGAACAUCGCGCUCUUAUCCAGCGCAAAUAUGUUCGGGUCUGGAAGAAAGCAAGUUUGUGAUGCUUGGGCGACAAGACAGAAAAGUCUGUCAUGCUUGGCGCGCUACAGUGCCACUUGCUUGUCACGCAAAAAGGCCAUUUGUCAUGCGGUUCACGCUACACAUAGAUAGCCGCUCAGAAACUUGUCAUGCGCGACCCCCUGAUACAGGUUGCGUAUCAUUCGGACAUUGGCAUCACAAGUUUCCAGACCCAGACAUAUUUGCACUUGAUAGCUCUCCGACUACAACCCUUCACCGACCACGUUUUGGAACGACAGACUCGUGGACGCGUGCGCCGAUUAUCCUGUGCAAAAGUAUUGUACUCGUAGUAAUUGCAAUCAUGCAUUACAAAUCUCCUUUCCAAGGUAAAACAGCAUGACAACUUUCAUUUCUCAUGCUGAGCAAAUUUGUCAUGCGAUUUAUCCUAGUACGAUACUUUUGCAAUGCAUACCGCUGGGGACCCGGCAACCGUGGAGCUGUGCUUUGAAAACGGUGUGAAUAGAUUUUUGUCGAUAAAAAUAUUUACUGUAGAGGUAGACCCUGCAAUUAUUAUAUAUGAAUUAUGCUACGACGUCUGGCAGUGCUAGUACUUGGGGUAGUUUUGUAGAAGGCGGACUAGUCGUGCAUGUGCAAGUGCAUCUUCAUCUUCAUGCUACUGUACUACUUGCUUCACUUUUUGAACAAGUGAACCAGUAUUCCUGAGACCCCCCAGAUUAUAUUUGUAUGUCGGGACACGAAGGGGCCUGCCCCUAAUUGUCCUAGAAGAAACCUUGCCUAUAAGUCGCUUUCUCAUACAAAUUUGUUGUGUUUUCUGGUCCGCUGUUUUCCCGGCGGACCCUUGCGGUACUGGUUCUACCGUCCGGUACGGGGCCCCCAGGACUUCCCGGGGCCCCCGGACGCGAAGGGACCUACAAUGCCUCCGCGCCGUCGUUUUGUAUGGUUUCGCUCUAGCCCCGCUUCGUUCCGGGUGGCCGCGGUCGCGCUACGACGCACUACGCGCCGCACUACAACUAUAUACAGUCGGCAGUCGCUCGGUCAUCUGCAUUCCAACGGACUGCUAGCAGAAACAGAGUGGCCAUAGAGAGCGAGUCUCCGUGUGAGCAGCAGCCAGAGUGCGCUGCAGUUCGGUCCUUGUACAUCUUCCAUCGCCCUGCCUGCAGGACUUCACUGCCCUAUGUGCGGCCCUUCGGUCACAUCGCCCUCGAACGCGCGCGCGCGCGCUAGCUAUUGUCGACAUGCUUCUGGCGGAGUAAAAUGCGCAGUCAGGUCCCAAGCGUAGCACACAUCGAGCAGCAAAUCAGUAGUCAGCAGACUUCUAACUCCAGGCAGUAGCUUUAUCUUUUUACACCAAUCAGUGCCAGCACGUUCCACAAGCGCAUCCCUAAGCAAACAUCGCUCACAGCAAAGCAUAUCAAUUUGAAUCAGUUUGAAGCAGUGUAAACAUCGGCAGCACUAUCGUAGAUCAGGUUUUGUUUUUGAACAAGCAGUAUUAACAGUUUAGUCGCAUUGCUAUAUAAGUAUCGGCAGCAGUGCAGGGCAGCAGUAUUCGAGCCGCGGGCAGUAUCCAAGACUCAAAGACACUAACCAUAGUGUUUAUCCUGAGCAAAAACGUCACCCCCCAAACCUGUCAUGCAAAUCUGCCAUCCAAUAAAAACAGAGUUUCGCCCGGGGGGCCCCGUGAAGAGCAUGCCCUCGUCGUGUUUUGCAGUUUCUGAUGCGGGAAUCAGUGAGAUGCGCUAACUUUGUGAUGCUAGUGUACAAGAUCGCACACAGGGCAUGGUUGGCAUGCAAAAUGGAUAAAGAUGGGAGCUUUGUGUUUAUGGGGCGGCGACAUUUUUGCACAGGAUAAAACUACACUUUCGCUCAAAGAAGCGGCGAUUUAUCUGGGCAGCACACCUACAGGAAAGUAAAGAUUUAUAUAAGGAAUCCGGGGCGGGGCAACAAAAUAUAUUUAUUUGGCAAAAGUAUUAAUUGGGGAGUAUCUUCAGAAAAUGGCUAUGUUGGGCGGGGAAAUCGACCAGCAGGAGGUCGCAGAGCGCCUCCAGGAAUGGGCUGCUAGCCCCCUCGCGUCGUUUAUGAGCGAGUUUGAAGAAAAUUUUCUAGGUGACCGCGCAGGCCCGGGCACGUGGGAGGGGGAAAACCCACCGCCGGCCACGCCGGCAACGGCGAAGGUGCUGCUAGAAAUGCAGCGCAAGUGGGAGGGCUUGCAGGCCUCGGCAACCGCCCACGCAAUCGCCGUGGACGCGUCCUUCUCGGAUGCCGAGCGGUCUGCCUGGGCGCGGGUUGAGUUUGCCGCCCCGGGCGCGGGCGUCUCGGCGCGGCUGCAGGCCUUCGCCGCCCGCGUGCGGGAAAAGGCUGCUUGGGCAGUCACCGUAGAUGCCCUUAGUGGCGCGGGCUAUGCGCGGGAUUUCCUCGUGCGGGCGCCCUGGUUGCGCUCCUUGUCGGAGCGCCAGAGCAGCUGGUUACAAAAACUGCGGGCGCAAUUUAGCCUGCAGCUACCGGAACCCACUCCAUUCCCGGAUGAGGCGUCGGGAGGAGCGCUGGUCCCGGUUGGUAGCAGCAGCGGCGACGCUGCGCAGCCCGGUGCCCCUGUGGCGUCUGCCGUUCCGGCUGCGCCGGCCCCGGUGCCGCCGGCUGCCCCACCGGCGCCCGCCCACGACACCAGCAACUGGGACUGGGCCGAAAUUCACAGACUGCGCGCAGGCGUUGCCGCUGGGCACCUUCUCACGGCGUUCCCAGAGGCGGCGGGGUUUGCCUUCACCGUGAAGGUUGCCGGCAGGCAGGGCUACCGCCGCGAGGUUCCGCGCGGGGAAAUCGCGGCGGCCCUGCCGCGUCUUGCGGUGGAGGCGCAGCAGCAGGGCGCGCAUCUGUUCUUUCUGCCAUUGGCGGCGGACAGGACUUUUGUGAUGGUGGACAUAGACCAUGCUGCCGCGCCGUCCCCCCCGGAAUUUCCUUCCGGCGCCGGGGAGCCUCGAUUGGUUACCGAGACAAGCGCGCAAAAGUUCCAGUUUUGGUUUGUGGUUGCCGAUAAACCCGGGGAAGCCGCCGAGCAGGUUCGCCGGCAAUUGUAUGAGGACACGCACGGCGUCGACGUGUCGGCCUGCCAGCGGGGGCAGGCCGGGCGCGUCCCGAUUACCGUAAACCCAAAACCCGGCGCGGGGGGGUUUGUCUGCCGGGUGCGCUCGGCGCAGGCCGCGGGCGCGAUCGAGGUGGCGCCCUACCUUCGCGCCCGCCGGGGCCUCACCCCCGGGCAGAGAGCCAUUUUUGCAGCUCUCGGGCAGCCGCUGCCGCCGUUCGGGGCGGCUGUUGGGAGUAGUAGCGCCGCCGCCGCGGCAGCAAACGCAUGGGCUUCCCCGGUUUCUCCUGGUCCUGCGUUGCCCGACUUCACGCAGGGGCCCCGGGAGCUCGCGCCCGCCGGGGCGUUUGACCUUCGCCCGGCUCCUGCGGAGCCAGCUGCGCCAACGGGAGGCCAGGCCGGAUCUCCGCAGGCCGCGGAAUUUCUGAACCCGGGCGAGCCCCGGGACGCCACCUCCCAGGAGCGCGCAAGCCCGGUCGCCAAGCGGCGACGGGGCGACGCGGCUUCUGUGGAAACCGUAACUGCACCGCCCGCCCCGCCAGGCGGCCCUUCGCCAGCCGGGGGUGCGCCGGGCCCCCCUCCCGGCAAAGAGCCUGCCGACCCAGAAGUUGGGUCUCCUCUCGCGCCUGCUGGUGGUGACAGCCCGUCCACCAAACGGCGUCGAGCGGAAGCGGCACUUGUUGUGGGUGUGAACGCAGCGGCGGGUGCGCCCGCUUCUGCGCUCCCGCCCCCGGCACAGGCAGCAGUUCCUCUUUCGGAGGUUGUCAACCUGCUGAGCGACGACGAGGCGUCCGUUGCGACGCCGCUCUCCGCGCAAGGGGGCAGUGAAGAGCAGUCGAGCGACGGCGCCGAGGGACCUGAAGUGGCGUCCGGCCUCGCCGACACCCCGCCGCUCGAUGGCGACUCCAAACGGGCGGCGCGCGCGGUUUCGUGGGACGAAAUUCGCCGCGUGCUAGUGGGCGAGGGGGCCCAGCAGCCGCUCGUCUUGUCGUUGCCGACCAAGAAAAAGCGCGUUUGGUGGCGCAAGCACGGCAAGGACUACCGCCUGAAGCCGGGGACCGCUCUUUCCGGCGUGGAGUCUCGGGUGGAAAUCUUCAAGGAGCCAGCUGGGUGGCUCACUGUGCUUGAAAAUGAUGACGAGCUGGCUGCCGCUGCGGCCAAACUUCAUGAGGUGUCGCACCGCGGGCGCGACUCCACACUGGCCGCCCUAGUAGAAGCGGGCUACUGGGGCUCCAACGCGAGUCGCAUCUGCGCAGACGUGGUGGCGCGUUGCCGCGUCUGCGCCGCGCGCGCGGUGGUGAAGGCGCCGGUCCCGCCGUACAGCGCGGCGGCGCUCACGGCGGAACACAGUGCACUUUCCGGAAAGGUCUACCGGAAAGUGCACAUCGACCGCAAAAUCAUGCCCCGUUGCCGGGUCGCCCCCACUGCCACAAACCCCGCCCCCGGCCAGGCGGUCGCCAUCUGCGGCGCCGUCUGCGCCGUCGGCGGGGAGUUGUGGGCCGCCGCGGCGGCCGACCACUCCGCGGCUUGUACGCUGCUCGCGUACUCGCCGCUGGAGAGCAGCUGGGGGCUGCCGGAGCAUGUUGUUUGCGACAACGGCACCGAGUGGGGCCUGCUCCUUUCGGAGUGGGGCUGCUCGGUGUCGUUCACGGAGCCGGGGCGGCCGCAGGGCAACGGGGCCAUGGAGGUGGUGUGGGUCUCGUUGUCCAAAAUCUUGGCGGCGCUGGCUCUGGAGCACCCGGGCCAGUCGUGGGCUGACCUGCUUCCGCGGGCGGUGUUUCGGUACAACACCGCCCCGAAGCCGUGGAAGCAUGGUCAGUCCCCCUGGACGUUCGUCCGGGGGUGUGCGCCGCACACACGACAGGCCCGGGCGGUGGCGGAGGCGCUUGCGCUUCCGCCGCCUCCAUCUCCAGGGCCCCCGGCUGCCGCGGCAGCGGAAGCGGCGCCACCCGCCGCGGGCGCUCCCGUCGCGCCCGCCGGCCCGCCCGCAGCGGUGGCGCCGGCGCCGUCGUCUCCGCCUUUGGUUGCCAGUCCCGCGGCGCCGCCGGCGGUGCCUCCGCGGUCCGCGGCCUUGGCGGCCUUGCGGGACGUGGCCAACGAGCGGGCCAUGGCGGAGGCGGAGCGGCGUGUUAACAGGUACACCCAGGCCCGCGGGGGGACGGUCGUUGACCGCUUGCGGCUUUUCCCGAUUGGCACCCGGGUAAAAGUCCGCAACCCCCGGGCGGGCAACCUGCGCGCGGUGGCAGGCCAACGGGUGCAAGAAGCAAACUGGCUGUUGGGGUUCCGUGUCGCAGCUAUCGACGGGACGACUCUCGUGGUGGAGUCUACGCCCUCGCAGGGGCAAAAACGGCAGCGCCUCCGGCGCUCCGUUGCGUCGGUCGAGCUGGACCGGGGGGCGUCGCCCGACCGCGUUGGGCUUCCUAGUGACGUUGGCCCGGCCAUCGCCGCGCCGGCGCCGGCAGUUUCAUCUCCUCCUGUUGUCCCAACGCCACUUGGGCCGGCUGCCACUUCUCCUUCCCCUGCUGUUCCCGAAGCGCAGCCGGCCUCGGCCGGUGCGGGGGAAGCUGCGCAUCCCCGGGGCGGGGGUUUAGAACGCUUCCCCACCGGCGGGUUUCGGUUCGGGAAUUUUCCCGACCCGCUUCCGCUCGCGGCGCCCGUUGCUUUGGUUGCGUUGCCCAACCUAGCAACAAAGCGCGCUCAGCCGCGCCGGGAUUUCCACGUCGAGGGGAUUUUAUUGCAGUGCAAGGCGCUUUCGCGUGGACACCGCCUGCUGCUUUACGCCUACGGGCAGGCCCUUGCUAUCACAGUUUACCCUUGGGCGGGAGCGAACGUGGAAGACCGCCCGCCCCCCGGGCCGCUUUUUGGUAAUUUGCUCCGUGAAGCGGCCGGGCGCGGCGGCGGGUAUGGCGUCUACUUGCAGCUCACGGGGGUGGGCGUGCGGUUACGCCAGGGAGCUACGUAUGGAACCUUUUCAGGCGCCACUUGUCUCCUUGGGGGGAUGUUUCGCUGGGGGAAACGAGGAGACCGGGCGGGCCCCGAUUUGCGGGAAAUCCCGGAGCCGCUGCGCGACCGGGCGCGGUUGCUCCUUGAGGUCGCGGAGAAAGCUGCCGAGGCGGCGCAGGCGUCCGACCUUGGGUCGGUCACCACUUGUGUGUCGCGCGUCCCUCUUCCUGCUUCCCUGCCUGGCUAUGACGACCAGCUUUGAGGGCACGCGCCCCGCCAUGUGUAGCGGGGCAUCGUCGACAAUGAAAAUUUUCAUCGCUCUUGAUCAGUUUCUCGCUGUACUUCUUCUCACCCUGCUAUAGGUCGUUUUCUUGCGCGUUCGGCGUCGCUAGUUCUGUCAUUCCGCCGCACAUUCGUCUACAGUUCAGUAAAGAUAAGCCUAUGAAAAACUCCACAUACAAAAAAAAUAUAGUUAUAGACUCGUGGGCGCAGCGCUACGUGCCUGCUCGCCCAGCAUGAAAGUCCGAAAAUUGUAUCCCGGUGCCCCACCUUCCGAAAAAAUGAAAGCUCAAAACUUCCCGUACGUGUACGACCAUCGAAGGCAUUUUGUCCCAAAAGUUGUCAUUCUUUUUUUUUUCAAAAAAUCGCUACAACGAACCGUCGUUGCGAAGGAAACUCGAAAAGUUCAGACAGGGGAUCCCGUCCGUAGUAUGUAGCCCGCCGUCCCUGGGCGGUGUGUUUUUCUAGCUGCUCUCUUUGCUCCUCCACGCAGGAGUUUUUUUCUUUGUCAAGGCACCAGUCCACAAACCUUUUGCGGCGCUCUACGUACUACCGUUGUUGUGUGUCGAUUAGUAUCUUGCUCUACCUCCGGUCCCUUUCGUUCUUAACUCGAACCCUGGCCCCUCUCGGGGCGCAGGGUUUCGUUCACCUGUAGCCCUCACCGUCGCGACGGUGACUUGCGCUUGGCGCAAGCGUGGCAUACUUGGCCCGCGUUCGCCUUGGUUUUCGCCUUCUCUUUUAACACCUCCCGGCCAAAAAGAUUGCGAUCCCUACCGUGCGGUCUUCGGUGACGGCGUAUGCCUAAUCCGUGCGCGGGGGGGGCGUUGGGUGCUGCCGUUCUGUGGAUAUUUGUGGGUAGGGUUUUUCCAUCGUUCCGGCGCCCUUCGUUCCGCUUGCGCUUAUGCGGUAAACAUGCGCCAGGGGAAAAGUAGGUCGCUCCCCUGCCUUCUUGAGAAAAGGCGAGUACCGAUGUGCAACUAGAGAUAGGCGGGGCGCCCGAACUUGGGAGGCGGCGCCCCCGGUAGACCUAAGGGGAACGCGGUGCCCCCUGCCCCCACUUUUCGUGGGGGGAGGCAUAUUUCUCUCUUCCUCCGGAGGCUCUCCUUUUUUCUUAGUUCUUUUGUCUGUCGACGGUUUUUCUUUUCUGGCACUUUUGCACAUCCGCCUCCAACGCUCUGCAUCGCUUUUUUUCUCUCUUCUAGAUUUGCCGCUCUCGUAAUCAGAAAUUCAGCGCGCUUAGGAAUGCGAAACGUUUUAGACAUUUCUUUGCUGCCCAUCCCCGCCGCCGGCCCCCCCUGAUGAGCCUGUUCUUCAUCGCACACAGUUAGAUAUGCUCCCAGUCGUCCCUUCGUCGGAUCUGACUGGUGCGCGCACGCCUCGUACUCCGUGGCGUGCGCGCUUCCCAGCCGCCGGCGAACUCCUGUGUACACGCGGCGGGCCCACGCGUGUAGAUAGGCGCUCGCCUAUUCCCGUUCCUUUCUUCUUUGUGCGAUGUAUUUCACCCUCCCAGCAGGUGCCGCUCGUUUUUGUGGGCACUCCGCGAUGCGGCGCCUGCCACGAGGCUCUAUGGCGGGAAGCCCGGUUUUAUAGGUGCGACAAGUUCACUUCAGGGGCGCGCUGGCAACGACUGCAUCCUAGGGGCCGCAAUUAUAGAAAUACUCCCGGGGGCUUUCCAGCCCCCCACCACAGGGCGCCCUCCCCCUGUGGUGGCCCCCGCUUUGCGCGAGCGCCGUGACGAGGCGCGGGGGCUUACGUUUUUGCAUGCAGGGCGACAUUUUAUUUCGGGUAGAAAUAUAACACGAUGUCCACAAUGUCCCAGAGCAGCUAGCACGCCAAGAGUGGUUUGGUGCGCCCUGUUACGUUCGCGCGGUCGCCCAAACCAGACGGAGUGCUACCUGCUAUCCUGGGCUCCCGUCUCCCCUCCCCACCCUCCCCUGUUUUGCAUGGACCACCAAGACUCGCGCUGCUAAGUACUUACACAAUAGCUACAUUCUGCCUCUGCCUAUUUUCAUAGUUUCUAUUCUUCUCGAGUGCUACUACGUGACUUCUGUAAAGCUUCUAUUUAUUUGGAUACCCUUGUGGACCGCUUGGGACCUGUGCUCUGCAACUAUGCUCUAUGCCUAUGUCUAGCGCUUCCGUACUACGCUUCUACAUACCCACCGUGGCAGCGUGGGCGAGGUCUUUCCCCUCGCCCUACUCUCCGCGCGGCAACGAAUCUUCACUAGCGCGCCCAAAUGCGCUAUUUUGGAACCGUAAAAAAAAUAAAAUGGCCGUGCUGCUCACCUUGAGCUCGGGACUCCCGCCCGCCACCUGCUCUCGCAAGGCUCCCGUGUUUCUCCACGGUGCCAUGCUUUUUCGGCAACAACUUCGGAUGCUGAAAAGCCGGUGUGUGCUGCGUGCUCUGUUCGCAGCAAGAUUUUGAACCCACAGAUUGACACAGUUUUUGAACGUACUGCGCUCUUUCUGGCGCCCUUCUGUCGCAGUUUCGGAGUUCGCUGCGCGGCACAGGCGCGGCCGCUUAGUUCAGCCCUGUGGGGCGCGUUUUUCGUGUGCGAAGUGUUGUCUUCUCGGGCGUUGCGCGUCGCUAACUUUUUGUAGAAACACCACCGCGACACUAUCGUGGCGCGCUUGCCAGAAUUGCGUCCGCCCCGGCCUGGUUCCGACCCCGUCACAACCACCAAAGCUAAACCCGGCGCCGCCCACAACCAGCAGCACCUGACGCUCCCUUUGCGAAGCCGCCUGCGCAGCAGUCUGCUGUGCGAAGCACGGACCUGGUCCACCCGUGCGUCAACCGCCAGUUCGCCGCUACCUCACCACAGAUCGGUCGGGACUUCGCUGCGGGUAACGCUUUUCUGGACAAGCAUCGCCGCUUUCGGCGUUGUGGAGGUGUCUCAACUUUUUGUCGCGCGCGCUUCGCCCAGGAGGGCAGUGCUUCUUAUGCGAUUUCCGCCCUCGCUCGGUUGUUCUUCGCGCCAAGCUUGUGCUGCGCGCGCGAGCGCCCCUUCUUGUGAUGGACGAAAAACCGCAGUGCGCCGUUUCUGCGUGCGUUUUCCUUGUACUAGAAUGAAUAUUCAAUCAGAACCGCGCCGCUUCUUCUCCACAUACGAAAAAGUUGUAUGUGCCGCGCAGCACAGACAAACACUGCGCGUGGUCAGACAAAACUUCUCUGUUCAUACGUCUUUUUGUCUGUUUUCUGUGCCUUUUUCUGUUCUAGGUACCCUUCGCGUCCCGGGUACCCUUCGUGUGCUGCUUCACAAGUAUCCCUCUUGAAAAAAAAUCCAGGCGCCGCUAUCAAUCAUCAAGAUUGCAAGGGGUGGACACCAUUACACGCUGCUACGCUCGGAAAGGAAGUUCGGAGCGCGGCGAAGUUUUCAUGCGAUCAUGUGAUCUCAUUGUUUAUUGCUUUGCAUGAUGCGGUCAACAUACAUGCAUGGAAAAGUAUCGUGGGAAUGGUGCCAAAACACCAUUGCUGCGAGUGAAUCAGCGAGUCGGACGUACUAGAUCGUUUUUCAUCUCGCAGUUUUUUCAGCACGACUUCGCUGUUGUACUAUAGCGGUCGUGUCCUUUUCUGUUAAUAUCUUCUGUUGGCAACAUGUCAAGAGCAGAGGAAUGGAAAAAAUGGAUGCAUGUUCUGCAUCUGCAGUCCAACUGCCACGACGUGAUGCUGAUGGUCUCGCAACAUGAAGAUGACAACCUACAUCAAACUCCUUUCCCCUUUUCAGCCUGAUACUCCUCGCCAACGUUCUCCACGACCGGGCUUUCCGGGCGGAAAACCGGAAAAAACAAGUGUUGGAUCUGCUGCUGCAGCGGAAACCGAGCCUGCACAUCCGCACCUUGCGGGGCGAGCUAGCCGUCGACCUGGCCGAAUACCGGGGUUUUGCGCUCUGCGCGGAGGUUUUGCGAGCACAAAACUUGAUCCCGAUUGAGGAAGUGAAGAAGGUGGAAGAAAAACCGGACUUGCCGCUCGUGGUCGCGCUGAGACAAGGGCUGUUGUUCUGA